GGUCACACUGCUACAAAGCUUGCUUCAUUUUUGUUUUGACUUUAAAAUUUGGCAGAAAACAGAAUGGAUGAUCCGCUCAAACCCAAGCCGGUGCCACUGGCGGCCGAGACGGUCUUAUGGUUUGAAUUCCUGCUCGAUCCGCACAAGAUAACGCAGCACCUGCAGCGCACACAUCCCGAGCCGAGCGCCUUGGAGUUGAUCAUGCAGUUCAUCAGCGUGACGCCGGACACGUCGGCAACGUCUGUGGUGACGCCUGGAAGCGACCUGCAAAACCUGCCGGGCGCCACUGUGGGAGGAGCAGUCAAUUCCCCCACGCCCGCUGCGUCGGCGGCUCUCAAUGUCUCACCGCUGGAACAGCAGCAGCAGCAGUGGCCAGGGGAGAAUGGCCUGGAACUCACCAGGAAGCAGUUGGCCCUGAAAAUUCUCGAAUUGAAGGUUGCCACAUGGCUGCGGUGGGACCUAGACAUGCUGGAGAAGAACCUGCCCGUGCUAAUGCAGCUGGCCUUGCUGCGUGAUCUCUGCACCAUUAGCUAUGGCCGCAAUCUGAGCAUUCCCCUUGCCAGUGACUUUGAUUUGAAAAUAUCCGGCUCUGGGAACGAGCGUGCUGCGCGGUUUGCCCUCACCAUAUAUCAUCGCCUACUGCUGCGGCUGCAGCUCGUUAAGGAGAGUGCUCCCUUCAGAUUCCAGCCGAUCGAUCAGCUGCAACAGUUCCUGGAGUCGCCGACGCAACCUUCCAUUGAGUAUCUGCAGCAGCUGUGCACAUCCAGCAAGCCCUUCUAUGUGUUCCACUACGACAGCUUUGUGACCCUACAUUGCGAUGAUCUCAGCACCGGCCAGAACUACGACAUUAUGCAUCUGAUCAGCCCCCAGGAGCUGCGUGCCCAACUCAACUACGAGCUGGCCCACUAUUACCUGUACACCAAACAGUAUGUGCUGGCGAGGGAGUCGGCUGCCGCCUGCAACAACAACCUGCAGGCGAUAUCUCCGCAAACCACCCUCUACUUCUGCCACAUUCGGCCCGUGGAGCUGGAGGGGCUGCUGCUCGCGUGCGGAAUCAGCGCUCAGAAUCAUACUCUGAUGGAGCGUUUCCAUCAAUCGCUGCUGAACAACUAUGCGGAGAUUCUGACCAUUCUGCGGCUGGAUAACCUGGCACGCGAAAUUCCACUGGUCAGUCGACGCAAUCUGGAGCUGGACAUUGAGGGCGCCAUCUCUACGGGACAGCUCAAGGAGUCGGCACAACUUCAGCUGCAGGUGGCUGCCCUCAAUAUGGUGCGAAAUAUCUUCGAAUGGGGCAGCAUAUUUGGCAGCGUGGAGUACUUUGAGAAGUAUCGCGAGCUGGACUAUCUGCCGCCCCUUGUGGAGGCCCUCACAGAGGUGCUGCCCCACUGCAACAAGGCGGAACAGUCGGCCCUCAAGCAUUUCCUCAUCGACUGCAUGCUCCACCAGGCACAGCCACCGCAGUCCAAACAACUGCUACAGGUCGUGCGGGAUUUGGAUAUCUUCACGGUCGAGGAGCUGGAAGAUUUGGACGAUCAGAUGCUGCAGGCAGCACCUCCCGUGCCCAACAACUCUCUGGCCUCGCUCACCGACUGGAUGUGCCACUCCAAAAGCACUCGUGUGGACGUGGCUGCCCUGGAGCGGCAACUGAUCAGCUGUUCGAAUGCCAACACCGUGAGGAUUCUGCUGGUGAAGCUGUGUGGUACGGCGCCGGAAAAACCGCUGUGGUCCAUAAAUCCCAGCUGGGAUGUGCCCCAGCCGCUAAAGGCAAUGGUCAUGGCGAUGCCAGUGAGCUUCCUGCAGGAUUUCAGCUAUGUGCUGCUCGGUAAGGCGCGGGAACUGGCGCUGAGGGGCGACUACAUUGAGGCCGUGUCAAUGUUGAGUGUGUUAAAGUCUGAGACGCAGCGCCAGGAGAUAGCCGGCAAUACCCAGCUGAUGUGCAAGCUGCUCACGUGGGAGAUUCUGCAUAUCCAAAUAACGCAGUCCCUGGAGGAGUGGCACCAGAAACCGCUCGACCUACAGUCGCUGGGAUCCCGAUGCAAGCAGUGUCUCAGUGUACUCCAGGCGGGCGAUUCCAUAGUGCCUCGGCCGGAAAUACUCGAAAGUUGUGCCGUUAUGCUGCUCAAUCUGACAGAUUUCCCGCCACUCCUCUACCUGGACAAGAGGACGGGUCCGCUCGAACUACCUCUAGCCUUUGCAGCCACCUUCAUCGAAAUGGAGAAGAUGAAGACCACCAAGAAGGUGUCUCGCGAUGCGUGGGAGCUUAUGGUGAGCAUGUUCCUCAAUGUGCCCAAGCGAUCAACGCCAUCUAGUGGCGGUAGCAGCUCUCUCCAGACAUUCUUGCAACGUGUUCGACACCAGAAUAUCUUUGGUCUGGCCAUCUCCAUGCUGGGCAAGCUGCACAACAUACUCAAGGAUGAUCCCAACAACGAUCUGAGCUGUGAAUACAUGCACCUCUGGCCCACCAGCGUUAACAACCCCAUUAGCUUUAGCCUGCGCAGUGUUUGCGAGACGCUUCAGUGGCUGCUGUCCGAGGCUCUGACAUACUAUCCGCAGACCAUUUCGUGGCUAAAAAUGAAGGGUGAUCUGGACCUGGCCAUCGGCAACAAUGAAUCAGCCAUGCGGUGCUACGUAAAUGCCUUGGUGACCGGAACGGACUACUGCACGAUACCGUUGCAGCGCAAUGUGGCGGAUGACUAUGUUAUACGCAAGAUGAUUCGCUGUGCCGCCAAUUUGGGCUGUCAUAUGCAGGCAACCGUCCUGUGUCAGUUUCUCGAGGAGAUCGACUAUGGGAUUGUGUUUAAAAAUCUUAGCGAAAAGUCUUCAAACUUCACCGAUGCGAUGGACUCGUACUACAGCUGCAUAUGGGACACUACGCUGCUGGAGUUUAUUGUCAAUCUGCAUGCGAAGCGAGGCGAGCACAGUCGAAAACUGGAGGCGAUCUCCAUGAUGGGCACUUUGGAGCUAAAUGCCAAUAACAACGAGGAAAUCAAACGAGAAAGCGCCAUGGUGCGGAAGUCACGCUUUAUUCGCGCCUUGGCCAAACAGUAUUUGCUGUAGUCCCCCUCCACAUCCACACCCACACCCACAUCCCAACCUCAUACAAAGACCAACUAGAAAUAAACUCAGAUUGAUGUAGUUUUAUAUUAAUUGUAGGCUUUAAAUAUGGUUAAGUUAAUAUUAAAGAAAUUGUACGUUUUA